GUAAAUCCUCAGCGGGCGGGUAGAUGAACGCGCUGCCCCCCUUCAGUGCGGAUGAGGAGGACAGCAAAGAAGAUCACGUCGUCGAAUCGCGCCUCCGGUCCCUCCUCGCCUCAGUCAACACCCCACAUUUAAAGAACGCUUCAGCUGAGCUCCGGUUCCUCCAGAUGCCGUCACCCAAGCAGCUGAUGGUGCAGAAAGGCAAGCCAUCCUGUCUGCCAUCGCCGCGCAGCCACAUCAGACCGCCCCUCGUGCGCCCGUCCGUCAUAACCCCCAACAGAGACCAGGAGCUGCAUGCCCAUCUCCCCACGGAAGAUGGCGGUCUGAGGACGCCGCAGCCAAAUCGGCGAGUGCCGCCAUUGCAGAGCCAGCAUCGCAGCUGCAGGACGCCUCAGGGCGGUGAGAAGCGGCCAGAGCGGGUGCCGUUCGCAUCAAUGAGGCAGCUGGGCAAAGGGGCGUCGGCUGGUGAGGGUGGUGGAGAGCGUGAGGUGUGGGGGCGGGUGGAUGAGCAUCGGCAGAUGGCGAAGAGGGAGCAGGAGAGGGCGGAUGUUAUCUUUGCGCAGCACCAGGCAAGUGCACACACAAGAAAGGAUGGUUCUCACCGGCAUGUCCAUUCUCUUCACAUGUGUGUGUACGGGUGUCAGGAGUUGCUCAAGAUGUACCACGCGGCGGCGAACGAGCGUGACGAGUAUCGCUCGCAGCUGUUCGCUCUCGUCCAUCGGCCAUCGUCAGACGCCGCCAUACAAACACCGCCGAGCACGACCGAGAGCCGGCCGACCCAGACCGACGGAGGCGAGGCCUUCGUCUGCCGGGCCGCCACAUCAAUGGGCAGCCAGACAGACGACGCCGCGUGGGAGAACGAGUGGCAGGACACGAGGGAACGGGUGAGGAGCUCCGCCCUGAUCAUCCAUGCGUGUUGUGCAUGAGAGUGGUUUGUGUUUUUUGCUGAUCUUUCAGUUGGCUUCAAUCGAGGAGGAGCUGCAGACACUGCAUCACAUGCUGUCCAUGGAGGCGUCCCCAGCAGCCACGUCUGAAGACAUCCUCAGCCGCCUGAAGACAGCCAUCACGGACAACCAGAGCAUACACACCCAACUCGAGGUGCACGCCCGCCCGCCCGCCACCUGUGUGCCAAUGUGCGUGCAUCUCUUUGUGUCCAUUCAUCAGACUUCUCAGUUGGCCACUGCCGACCUCGAGGCCUGUCUGCGUGACGGGCGAUCGCGGGAGGAGUCACUCGCCGCCGAGCUGCUCGCUCAGGAGGGGGUAGUGCGGGAGCUCAGGGACCGGCUGCAGGAGGCAGAGGGCAGGGUGGUCGCGGCCACCCAGCAGGCGGACGAGAGGACCGUGAGGUGUGAGGAUCUGCAGGUGGAGCUGCACCACAUGCGACAGCAGCUGACGGGUGGGCAUGGCUGGAUGGAAACAGGAGAGACGCUUUUGUGGAUACGUGUGGUGAUCGUUGUCGGUCAGAUGCAUUCGAGCGUCAGCAAAUGGCCGCAUCGGAAGCUGAGGAGCACCGCACUGCGCUGGUGGGUCAACACUUUUCCUGCCAUGGAUUCUCCGCACAUAUCGCUGCAAGUUGCGUUGGUUGGUUCUCCCGUUCCUCAGCAUGAGUGUGUUGUUGAGAAAAAGGCGCUGCAGGUCCGCAUACCUGAGAUGGAGGAGCGCGUGUCUCAGGAUGCGGACGAGAUCAGCAGACUGCAAGGCCAAUGCCAAAAGGCCACCGAUAAGGCGAGGAAGAGAAGGCAGGAAGAAACCAAACUGAGCACAUGCCCCACCCCCACCCCGCUCUUUGUCUGUUCAGUUGAUGGCGCUGGAGGCCAAGCACGCUCAGCUGCGUUCGCUGCUGGACCAGGAGGGCAAGGGGGAUGAUCUUCCCACGCUCGUCGAGACGCUCAUGCAGAAACACCGCCAGCUCACACUCGACAGACAGGUCCAUUCCCCCGCACCCCACCCACAGAGACACAGGGCCUCUCCCUUAUCCUGCCUGCCUGCCUGCAGUGUGAUGCAGAAGAGCUCGAUCGGCUCCGCCGAUGCCUGACAGCUGCAGAGGAUGAGCUAGCCCAUCGCCACUCACAGCAGCGGCGCACCGAGGCCGACCUGGAGAGGGCCGUGCACACCACACGUGUGCUGGGCGACUUCCGUGACGCCUUCUACCAGGCCAAGAAGGAGACAGAGCAGCAGAGGCGGGCGCUCGAGGAGCUGAGCGACCAGUUGGAGCACCGACAGAUCAAGGGUGAGUUUUGCGUAAGUAGAUUCUGUGUUGUGUCGUGUCUGUAUGUGUGUAUACCAGAGGGCGACGAGAAAGCGCGGGAGGCGCUUGUCGAGGCGUCGAGGGAGCAGCAGGUGCAAAUGGUCCAUGAGACACGCAAGUGAUCCAUUACAGAUGGAUUCAUCUUUGUGUAUCUGUUGCAGGUGGCGGCUGAGAGUGCGUUGCGUGCAGCUCAGUCGGAUGUCAAUCGCCUCAAAGAAGAGAGACACCACCACAUGCAAGUGGUACCUAACAUGCGAACUCAAUAAGGGAACAGACGCCAUGUCAACAUCAACACGAGUCUGUUUGUGUGUGUGUGUGUGUAUGUGUGGUUUCCGUCCGUCUGCUGUCAGAUUGACAAUUUGCGUGAGACGAACCAGGAGCGGCAGCAGAUGAUAGAGCGGAUAGAGAUGGACAGGCAGACGGUAGGCAAAGCCAACAACAUCCGUCCAUCCAUGCAAACAUGGCCUUUCAUCAUCAGCUGCGGGCCGAGAGAGACCGUCUGCUGCGGCAGAUCCAGGUGGGGAAUGAAUCCCCAAGUACACACCAGCAGCUGAUGGUGUGUGCUGUGCUGUGCUGUGCUGUCUUGCAUGUAGGUAACGGAGAGUGAGGCUGAGGCGAGCGUGGUGUCCCUACAGGAGGAGAUACGAGACAUACAGAGACACAUACGACCACCCGAACCCACAGCUGAGGUAGGGAAGCACCCCCAUCCAUGUGCGAACCACUCUAUCUGUCAUUCAUUGCAGAUAGCGGACCUACAUCGCACUGUCAAGGAGCUGGUAGCCAAGUUUGAGCAGCUGGAUACCUCAAACAAGGUGACCUCACUUCUUUUCACACCACACCACACCACAACACAAGACAUCACAAAUGGAAUGCAAUGCCACUCUCCGCAUUGGAUAUACGCGGGUCAGAUUGAGACGGACAAGUCGCUUGUGUCAUCUCGCCGGCCAUUGACGCCUGACCACCGCCUGGCCACCGUGCCUGCUGCUGCUGCUGCUGCUGCUGCGGGUGACGGCGGGCUGGCACAGGAACUGAGACACGCACUACUCAGGUACCAACACACAUGAGACCUCACGACCACCCAGCCCACGCGCUCUCCCGUCUGCCUGCAGGGAGAGCUCACUUCGCCACCUGCUGUCCCGCACGCAUGUCUCUCUCGAGGCCCUCCAUCGCGACAUGACCACGCCCCGCUCGACAUCCACCCUCGCCAUGGUGCGACAGGGCCUCAUCGCCGCCCUCACCCAGCUGCACCCCCCCAUAGCCAUGCUGCCGCACCCACACACUGUGCCACUACCACCACCGGCAGCAGCCAAUGAGGGAGGAGAGGAGAAUGAGAGACAGAAGACGACGGAUGGGGCUGCGUAUGCGUCUUCCUCUCCCCCAGCCCGCCCAUUCCCUGGUCUGAACAUCGCUGAGGGGAGGGACGGGCGGCACGAGGGCGGCAGGCUGCAGCUGAGCGACUUCAUACGGGCGGUGCGGCGCCGCUUCCCACAUGACGGUGGAGGGCCCCAGGCAGACACCACGGUGGACGGCACCCACCAGCAGCAGAAGCAGCAGCAGCAGGCGAAGGCCGGUGCGCGUCAUGGCAGCACCGGUCAGCAGCCCAGUCGGCUGCCCUCUGGCGUGUGCGGAUGUGAGCCCACUGAUGGCGGGGAGAGCGAUAGGGAGGCCGUGGUUGAGGGAGGCGGUGCAGGUGGACAGGGGGGAGAGGUGUAGAGAUAUUGGAGCUGGUUGACCAU